AUGGGCCAUUGGGUGUUUGACCGUGUUGCCGACGGCCUUUUCCUCCAGGGCCUGCGCCCACAUCUCUCAAAGCUGCACCGGCAGGACGUGCUGCUUGACGUCAACGGGUCGCUGCUGACGGGCGGUAACGCUGCGGAUGCCACAACAUGGCGCUCGCACCACGCAUUCAGUGGGCGCUGCGGCCUCCGUCUUGAGCAAGCAGCUGUACCGCCCACCGGCCCUCCUGCGGCCAUUGUCUCCACCUCGGCGUCUGAUUACCGUGCAUGGGUUGCCGACUUCCAUCUGCAGUCGACCAGCGAGGAGCCGCACCUGCUUGUUUCUGUCGCGCCGCACUACGCCCCGUUGCAGGGAAACACGGAGCAGGGCCGCAGAGCGUGGCGCCCCCCAACAGCCGAGGAGCAGGACACGUACGACAAGCGGAUGCUGGAAACUCCACUGAUAUGGGAAGAGCCCAUGACAAUAUCGAUCGACUGCACCGCCAGUGGGAUGUUCCUCUGGAGCGAGGAGUUGGGCUACUAUGGAGAGAAAGUGGCAGAGAGAUGCUUUGUGCGCCGCAGCAAUGAGAAUGGCGGUGAUGAUAAGGCGACUGCUUCGGUGGGGCGGGAAGGACACUUCGAGGCCUUUCUGCGGCUCAGCUGGCGCAUGGCGCAAACCGGGGACACCGAUGUCGCCAGCACCCGAAACAGUGGCAACAGUAACGCGGAAAUGGCCGUUUUUGUGCGCGCGGACACCACGGAGGAGGGAGGCAACGAGGCGCCAUGUGAUGUGCCGGCGGCAGAUACGGCAAAGACUGGCGGGAGCGAGGCAGCAGCAGCAAGAAGGAGUGGUGGAAAUGGCCUCGGCGACGGGGCAUACGUUUGGCGGCUCCUCUGGGAACGUGCAGUGACGUGGCACAAUGUACCAGACGAAGUUCACUUCACACCUUAUGUGACACUAAUGGAUGGCGGCGAUGAGGUGACCCUCUUGUAG